CGCAUGCGCAGUUUCCAUGGCCGAUAGCUCUCAGAACGUUGAGUGCAGCUUGUAAACACGCUGCUGUCUCCACGCUGCUGCAGCUGCAGUUUGUUUGUGACCUUGAAAUUAGCGUCCGCUUGUCACCUGAGGGAGUCUGAUUCACCGAUGAUUUAAUAGAAUGAAAUCCGACAACAAGAAGGACGAACCUGCUGUUUUCAAACGGGUUGUGUCGAAGAACGCUUCACCGUACAACUACAUGAAAGUCAGCCUUGUGCUGGAGGAUGAAUCUACAAGACUGACUGCAAUUGAACUGAAGCAGUUCAUCAUCACAGGCCUGAAGAGCCUGUACGGGGAGGUGGGAGCAGCGUUGUCCUUCGACCUGUUGAAAUACGAUGAAGACACUCUCACUGCUUUUUUGCGUGUCAGCAGCAGGGGUUUAGUGAAGCUUUGGAGCUCCCUGACUCUGCUGGGCUUCUACCAGAACCAGGCCUGUGCCUUCAGAGUGCUGCAGGUGUCUCCGUUCCUGCUCGCACUGACAGGAAACAGUCGAGAUCUGCAGCUGGACUGAAGCCGGAGCGUCGUCUUCGUCAGGAUGAGUUACAUAUGGGGUAAAGUAUUUAGUAAACCUCGGCUGUGCUCCUCCACUA